CCCCAUCAGGCCAUCAUCAUCGGGAGAGAUGCCCCAUCCACCACACCGACACCCAUUGAUGAGACGCCACGAGGUGGCCAGCGAAUAGAAAUAGGGGACAGACCAGCUAGUGCGCCAGCACAGUCUAGCCUGCUGCUGCUGGCCACUGCUACUGUGCUACUAGCUGACGCCGGGCCGGUGGGGGUGUGAGCGGGCUGCGGCGAGCUGCCACUGCGGCGGUCGGCUGGCGGCGGCCGCGCGAGAGGAGUGGAGCGAGAUGAACGCUCGGUGGGCGGUGCUUCUCGCGCUGCUGGUGGCGAGCGCCGGCGCCGGCGGCGCGCGCGCCGCGGGGCUCGGCGGGCUGAGCCGCGCGUCGUUCCCCAAGGGGUUCGUGUUCGGGACGGCGACGGCGGCGUACCAGGUCGAGGGCGCGGCGUCCACCAACGGCCGGGGGCCCUCCAUCUGGGACGCAUUCGCGCACACCCCAGGAAAUGUUGUGGGAAAUCAAAAUGGAGAUGUCGCGGUGGAUCAAUACCAUCGCUACAAGGAAGAUGUUGAUCUCAUGAAAAGUUUGAAUUUUGAUGCCUACCGAUUUUCAAUCUCAUGGUCCAGGAUCUUCCCAGAUGGAGAGGGAAGAGUCAAUCCAGAAGGUGUAGCAUAUUACAACAAUUUGAUAAACUACCUGCUCCAGAAAGGCAUGACUCCUUACGUCAACAUUUACCACUACGAUCUUCCUCUUGCACUCGAGAAGAAAUACGGAGGGUGGUUAAGCUCAAAGAUGGCAGACCUGUUUACAGAGUAUGCUGACUUCUGUUUUAAGACCUAUGGCGAUCGUGUAAAGCACUGGUUUACAUUCAAUGAGCCAAGGAUAGUAGCAGCGCUUGGUUAUGACGCUGGGUCAAAUCCUCCUCAAAGGUGCACCAAAUGCGCCAAUGGUGGGAAUUCAGCAACCGAACCUUAUAUUGUAGCCCAUAAUUUUCUCUUGGCACAUGCUGCUGCAGUUGCAAGAUACCGUACAAAGUAUCAGGCUGCUCAGAAGGGUAAGGUUGGUAUAGUUCUGGACUUCAACUGGUAUGAACCUCUUACAAACUCACCUGAUGACCAAGCAGCUGCUCAAAGAGCUAGGGACUUCCAUGUUGGCUGGUUUGUUGAUCCAUUGAUAAACGGACAUUAUCCACAGAUAAUGCAAGAUCUUGUGAAAGAGAGACUGCCCAGGUUCACUCCUGAGCAAGCUAAAUUGGUCAAGGGCUCAGCAGACUAUAUCGGGAUCAACCAGUACACAGCCAGCUACAUGAAGGGCCAGAAAUUGCUCCAGCAGACGCCUACUAGCUACUCAGAUGAUUGGCAAGUUCAAUAUGUUCAUGAAAGGAAUGGCAAACCAAUUGGACCACAGGCGAAUUCUGAUUGGCUUUACAUCGUCCCGACGGGAAUGUAUGGAUGUGUGAACUACCUCAGGGAGAAGUAUGGAAAUCCAACAGUCUACAUAACCGAGAAUGGAAUGGAUCAGCCUGGAAACCUGACCCGCGACCAGUACCUGCGCGAUGUGACAAGGGUGCGGUUCUACAAGAGCUACAUCGGCCAGCUGAAAAGGGCCAUUGAUCAGGGCGCUAACGUGGCUGGCUACUUCGCGUGGUCUCUCCUUGACAACUUCGAGUGGCGGUCAGGAUACUCGUCCAAGUUCGGCAUCGUCUACGUGGACUUCAACACGCUCGAACGGCACCCGAAGGCUUCGGCCUACUGGUUCAGGGACAUGCUUAAGAAGAAUUGAGAUUUCUAGAGGCCAAGCCUGAAGUUACCAUUUUGCUCAGCUUUGCCUUGUGUUUCGGAUGGCCGCCCAAUGGUUCGAAUCCAGCUCAGCGUGCUAGGCUGUCAAAAUGGGAAUAAAAGAAGAACAGAACAGCCGCUCCAAAUUGUGCAUUCCAUUUAUGAUUUAUGGCCAGAACGUUGUGUGUUUCCUGUGGAGUUUGAGCUGUGUGAUUGUUGAUUGAAAUAUUUAAAAUACUUGAUCA